AUGUCGCAUGACAUAACGGUUACACUUUACGUACAUCACGCCUCAGUUCGUUCAGUGAGAAUGGAUAAAUCGGAACCGACGACAACAGCACCACCAACUGAGGCUUCAGAAACAAACACUGAGUUACCAAAGCAGUUUCAUCCUAACUUUAUGUCCCCACACGGGGCUUUAGACUAUGGGCCGUUCGGAACACACCCUAUGUCGCGCCCAUCUGGUCAGUCCAAUAUGAUGUUCCCAAUGCCACAGAUGUUUAACCCUGCUGAUCCAGACAUGUUUCCAAUGGUACCACCACCUGUAGCUGCUGAGAUGAUGUCCCAACAGUUACCAUCUAGUCCACAGAUGCACUCGGGACAACCAUCCGACCCGCAGAUGUACCCUGGACCACCGCCCAGCCAACAGAUGUAUCCGGGACAGCAACCCGACCCGCAGAUGUACCCCGGACCACCAUCCAGUCCGCAGAUGUACUCUGGACCACUGCCCAACCAGCAGAUGUAUCCGGAGCAGCCCUCAAACAUGAUGCCAAUGAUGCCUCCAAUGGAUCCAAGAGCGGCAUUUUUACCUGCGGCUGAUCAUCCUGCUAUCCUUCCGGUCAUGACACCAGACCAGAAUCCCAUGGUACCAGGCACGUUGCUUCCAAAUCCUUCUUUUUUACCUCUUGAUUACCCUUUUUCCACCCACCCUGCAUCAACUAUCCAUCCCGAAACCAAUUGGGUUCCGUCCGCAGGUGUGGUUGGGGACAUGCCACUGAACACCCAGACCUCUGAAUCAACACCAAUCCCUGACCCAUUCUUUAGUUUUAAUUCAAAUUUUCCAGAAAAUGUCUUCCCAGACAUGCACCCAUUCUCGAACUCUGCAAUGUCACAGUCUCCACCUCUUAUAACCCCCAUACCCCAGCACUUAAAACAGCAGCAAUACUACCACCCAAAGGGCAUGUCAUUCAUACCACAACCUAACCCACAGCAGUCCUAUAAGCCUGGGGGUAAAGGUACCCUAUCGAAACCUUCACACGGCUCUGCAGUCGCAGCAAAAGAGACCCGAUCUCAACCUAUAAUUGAGCCCUUACCAUCUGAAACUGCCGUCGGAAGCCACCAGUCAAUACCACCCCAAGGAUCUCAUCCUCAGCAUCCUGUUGAUAUUUCUGUGGGGCCCUUUUCGGGUCUACAAUCCCCUACUGACGGAGCUCUAUUCCAACCCCAACCCUUUUCGCAACAGACUAAUCAAUUCCAAGGUCCACAGCCACGAUCCCAGGCCGAGAUGUUCUCUAGGCCCUUUCCGGAACAGCCAUUCCCUCUGGGGAGAGGGUCGAGUUUCCCACAACUCUUCCCACAACACCCCUUCCAAUACAAACCUUCCUCAAUUGAUGCUCAGCAGUUUCAGAAUGGAGAUCCCAAUCAAGGUUUCUCGCCCUUCAACUUUAUGCCUCCUUUUCCGCAUGACCCUUUUUUGUUACCCAUUCCCUAUGCUGGUGAGCGACCGGAAGUUCAGCCUGGUGGUAAUGAACCAAUGGCCCAGGCUGCAGAACCGGGUGAUUUUCCUGGCAUCAUGGAAUACAUGAAUAAUGAGAAUCCGUUCGCCAUGCCUCCACCGCCGCCAUUUUUAAACAGACAUCCAGCACCCCAGUUUCCUGUUUUACCACCAUUUCUAGAGGGAUUACCAGCACCAAGAUCACUGGCUUGUAUCAGUACACCAUGUAAUGUCACAUGUGCCAUUGAAGAAGGACAGAAACAAUCAAUUCUUCAACUAGAGGAACCUUUUCACAAGCUGGUGAUUUUACAAGGAUAUCUAAGGGCAACAAGAGGAUCCCGUCCACCAGCUUGUCCUUAA